AUGGACUCGGAAUCACUGUCACCCUCUGCUUUAUUCAACAGAAGCCUCGAUUACGCUUCGAAAGCUUUAAACCUACCUGCGAUAGAAGACCACACCCAAGAACUUUUAACUCAAAGUCUCAACGACGUCGAAAGCCUUCGUCAUCAGAUCAGCGAUCUAUCGUUGUUUAGCCCCAAUGAAGUGUUUGAAGAUAUUUCUACUAGGGAUAUUAUCUAUCUGUUCGUCCCUUAUGUUUUCUCAGAGGUGCAAAGUCGCCUUCGAUCCAUUGGGAGGGCUGCGCGUAUGAAUACAGUCGUCCAGACAGAAGGUUACCUCAGAUCCUUCAUUUCGUUAGUCGAAAAUUAUGAGAUUAUUCCCGAGGACGAGCGCUCGCUUUAUUCGAGUAAAACAACAACAGUGAUUGAUCCUGCGAAGCGCAGAGACCUCAAGAUUAGUCAGUAUAAGAAGGAAAAGGAUUUGCGGGCUGGUAUCGAGGUGAUUCGGAAACGCGGGGGCCAACCGAGCUCUGACAGCCCGUCAUCGAACUUUGACCUCAUAGCCUCCCUCCUUCCUAAAGCCUCCAAACGAGUGUCCGAUUCAGAUGAACAACCGCUUGACUCGGAAACUGAUGAUGUUCUCCGCAAAACAACAUGCUUGCUCCUGCGACUAACGUUUGUUGAAGCGCAAAAACAGCUCGAGAGUUUGCAACAAGAACUUGAGAUCUUACGGAACGCCCCCCCUAGCCCACAACUCCCGUCUUUUUCUGAUUUAGAUGGGAGAGACAGGCAGCGGGAAUCUGAUGGAGACCUCUGGAAGCUGGAUUCGCCCUUGGUGACAAGCGGGAAAGGUCCACUGCUUGAUUCCUCAGGCAAGCCGCUUCGAACGUUUACUAUUCUGCCCUCUGGUGCAGGCGAACGGUCGCGCCUUCAAGCUCAGGUUUUUGGCCCAGGUCAUCGACUGCCAACGAUGUCGAUCGACGAGUACUUGGAAGUAGAACGUCAACGAGGAAAUAUCAUUACGGGUGGAGGAGCUGCGUCACGCGCCGCCCCGACAUCUUCUGAAAAGCUAGCGAUCGAUUCGGAAAUGGAUGGAACAGCAGGCGGCGAAACGAGGGCAGAGGAGAAACGUCUGAAAGAUGAGAGUUGGGCGAGAUAUGUCGACGAGCAUCCCAGAGGCGCUGGGAAUACGAUGAAUCGGGGUUAA